AAAAAAAACCAAAGUGGAUAAUGGAGUGGCAUCUCCACCACUACUACCACCAUCCUCCACCAUCCAAGGAUGUUUUAUGUCAGUCACGUGUGUCACGUGCGAAGGACAGGUUUUUAAAAAUAUAUAUUUUUUUAUUAAUUGUGUGAGAAACAAAUAAUUUAUAUCCAUGACCAAAAAAAAAAGCCAAAUAUGGUGGUAAAUCUCUAGAUUCACUCCCCCUUUUUCUAGGUGAAAAAAAAAAAAAAAAAACCAAAAAGUAAUUAAUGAUUUUAAUUUUAAUUAGCAAAGAUAAUCGCACACAUUCAUACUCGAAAUAACGGCCAUUUGACCCACUAAUUAAAAUCCCCGCAAAAAUAAUUUCUUAUAAUCUUAUUACCCUCCAAAAAAUAUAUAAAUAUUAAAGUAAAAAUAUUUAUUUUUAGCGCAGAAAAGGGAAGAAGUUUGGGAGAAAGAAAGAGGAGAGAGAAAGUGAGAAGAGACAUUUCAUUUCUUAUAAGCACAAAUCUCAAGCAACUAUUUAUUUUCUUCCUUUUUUUUCUUGAUUUUUUAUUUAUUUUUUUCCUUUUUUAAUUUUUAAUCUGGGUAUAUAAGUACGUAAAUUAGUAUCAUACAAAACAAGGGUUGUGGGAGUGGACACUGAGUUAUUAUUAUAGUCUCAAUCACUUGCAACGGCUAUUUCUGAAGUAGUGAGAUUUUGGUUUUUGGGGGUGAAAAAGUUUGAUUCAUCUUAUGGAUUUAUAUAAUGAUAAGGAAUCAUGGAAAUGGCCAGGGGAAGAGUAUCUCCUUAGGAAGGAUCCUAAUUGUGCAGAUAUGGCCAAGGCUAAAUGUAUGUUGAAUGGUAUGACUGUAACCCAAAAUGAAGAAGACAUUUCAUACAUGAUUGAGGAAUCCACUCCGAUUAAGGCUUGUGGUGACUUGGCUUAUCAAUUUAGUAACUCUGUUACAGAGAUUAUGAGUAAAACUCCUCAUGAUGGUAAAGAGUACACUUCUCAAGUUAAGCGACGGCGUGUGCUGGACUUUGAUAAUACUGCUGAUGAUAUUACAUCCUCAUACCUCAAAUCCAAGGAAAGGAUUGAUUCUUUCGAUGACAUUGAUAUACUACCUGAAAUGUCAGAGUGGGAAGCUUGCUUGCAAGAGGAUUUGUGUUUUGAGGAUUUAGUUCAAUCUGAAGCUUGGCUUGCUGAUUGCCUUAUUGACACCGACAUGAAUACUAGCUCCGAUGAUGGGAAUGCUGCUGUCACAUCUGACAUUCAAAUUGGUAUCAAUGAGGUUUGCAAUAUCACACCUGAUUCAGGAACCAGUAUGUCACAGCGACCAGUCAGAAGUUCUCGAAAUGUUAUUUUUAAAGGCCGGAAGUCUUUCAUGAGAGCACCAGCAAAACUUCCUUCCUCUGUUGCUUAUCCAUUUGAUUUCAUUAAACCCUCUGGAGUUCGUGGAGAUGUGACUCUGAAAGAUAUAAAUCAGCGGAUACUUACUCCACCUCCAUCGAAAGCCAAGCAAAUUAAGGAAGACCCUGCCUACCCUACUUCAGCCUUUUCUGGGAAACCUGUUGUUGGAAAAAACCAAAAUCCCUACUCAAGGAGGAAAAGGUAGCAUCACAAUUAUGAGAACAAAAGGAUGAAUGGUAAGCCAUCUUCCCAUUUCCGCGGCUCCAUUUUGCCCUUUUUGCUCUUAUCAUCCGGGGGCUGUGAAAUGGUUUGGCAUUAUAUUGCAUGGUCAGGUUAAUUAUAUCUAUGCAUUACACAAAUGCACAACACAUGGAAGUGUUAGUGCACAAAAAAUGCAACUGUUGCAAUAUUGAGAGCUGAUUUUUGUGCAAAUCUUUUGGUUCUUCGGGCGGCUACAAUUUCAGGGGUAUUCUUUAGCCUGUUACAAUAUAUGUAGCUUAGAUUUUAUAAAUCCCUAAAUUAUUUUGGUGGUCUGUACAUGGUUAUCUAUUGGUUCAUGAAAUACAAAUUUCUUGAUGUAUCUACUUGAUGUUGCUUCUAAACAUUGAGAUGAAAGGAAAAUAGUUGUUUUUGAGGUAGA